UGUGACAAUAACGUUCGUUAUUCGUAUCCGUGGUAUACGCCGUAAAGAAAGUUCUGCCUCGCUGGAAAUACGCUGAGUGUUCGUUACAAAUGCCCGCUGUUGUAGAAAAUUACUGCUGUUUAUUGUGAUGUAGAACGUAAAUAUAUUGGACAAAAUAAGUUCCCCGAUAAUCUUAUGUUUUAUAAUGUACAGUAGCCAGCAGCACCGUGAUCACCGUGAUCUUUAAAGUUAAAGAGAGGUAUUGAUCGGUGUUUAAAAAUUUAAAGAAUUGGUCGUAAUGCAAAGAGAGAGUUAACAAUUAUGCUAUUCAGCCAAAGUCUGAAUGAAAUUAUAAACAUUCUAUUAUACACAACCACUUUUUCAACAGACUAAACCCAUUUUUAAAUUACUGUGAGUUGAAAAUGUGAAUGAAGAGAUACUAACAUACUGCCCAGGGAACGUGAUUGAUUCCAUGUGGCGUGUUUACGUUUAUAUAUAAUGAGAUUUUUUUUAUAUUUUCAGGUAUGAUUUAUGAAAGCGAGGUGUUAAUAUUUGUGUUGUCGUCAUGGACAUUCAAAUGGCAUUGUUAAGGCUAUUUGCAAUUGAUUUUAUUUGCAGGUAAUGAUAGAUGGAAAAUAUAAUAGAAAUUGUUACAAGAAUAUUUAUGUAUAAAUUUGAUCAUAUUUGGCGUGAAAGGGUGUCGGUUGUCGCAGGAGAACAGAUUAGAAAAUCUCUGAACGUAUCACCAUUGAAUGAAGUUGACAUUUUGUAUAGAAGUCACAAUUUUUUAGUGAUAAAUAAGAGGCACGAUGUUGUAAUAAACAGUGAUGAUCCAGCAGUUCAGGUAUCGUUGCAGUUGCAGCUUAAAAAGUUAUUUCCAGAUUUGGUAAAUCCAAAUCUGCAGCAUGACUUCUAUUUCGUACACAGGCUAGAUUAUGCAACUAGUGGUAUAAUAUGCAUAGCAUUGCAUAAGAAAGCAUGUUCUGCAGCAACAGUAGUAUUUAGUGAAAGAAAAACAAAGAAAUACUAUUUAGCACUCUUACGUGGCCAUGUAGCAUGUGAAAUUUUGGACAUAUGUGAACCAAUAGGAGAAGACAGUCAACAGAAGACAGGUAAUCAUCGUAUGUGCACUGCAUCAGAUCCACACUGUAUCUCUCCAAGAUCUGCACAUACUCGAAUGUUGGUGCUACAGCGUGGUUUAUACGAUCUGUAUCCAGCAACAAAAGUAUUACUUAGACCAAUUACGGGCAGACGUCAUCAGCUUCGAGUUCAUUGUGCAGAUAUCGGCCACACGAUUGUGGGUGACUAUACUUACAGCAAUCGACAGGAUGUGCUUCCAUUCAGAAUGUUCCUACAUGCCUUCAGGUUGGUCCUUGAGAACAGUGUGGAACCAUUGACUCUGCAGACAGUGGAUCCAUUUACAAGUGACGUUGCUGCUAACAAAUGGACUCCUGUGGAGACACUAAAUGAUAUCAGCACCUCCUCAUUCUCUAAACUUGAUAUGGAAUGGGAUUGCUGAUAGUUUGGAAUUGUCUUACUGGGACUGAUUGUGUAUGUGUUCAAGAGCUGUGAGUAAAGUUUGGUCAUGAGAGAAUAUUUUCAUUAUUUAUAUAUUUAAUUAUGUUAAAUGCUAUUAAAAUUUCAAUAAGAAGUUGUUGAGAAUAAAAUUUGUGAAAAAUACCGAUCCUCGAUAACUUGAAAAGUUCUGGGAAGACAGCUACAAUUAUGCUAAGGUACUGAAGUUUGUAGAAUAACAGUAUACACUAAACGGUGAUGUUAUCUAGAGAAACUUUUUCAGCAAAGUAAUACUAUAAUACUGAAAAGCAUGUCUUCAUUGCUGGUGUCCUCUGCUCCUAUUUGUAACUACUUGCUGACAUAAAUAAUGACAGAAGAGAAAGCCUUAGCCACUUUAAUACUAGGAUACAUUGACUUAUUUUUUCAAAAGUCCCAUUGUUGAGGAAUCAAUAAUGGUCAGUAAGCAGCUCUUACAAUUGGUGGGGUGGAUUCAAAUUCAGAAAAGUGAUACCUUGCUGAUAAUAAAAAUAAGUGAUAAUUCUUUGUAAUUAAAUAUGUAUUUCCCUACAUCAUGCUGUUCAGAAUGUAAAUGAAUGCGGAGGUGCAUGAACACUUGAAAUUAUACCACACUUUUGGGAUUGUAUAAGUUUGCCCCUAUCCUUUGACAUUGAGCUUACAACUCUCCCCCCCCCCACCACCAACAUAGCUCGCCAACUGAUCACAUGUGUUAUGUGAGUCACAUAGUAUGUAUGUAUGACAUUACUUGUACAUAUUAUGAUUAAUUUUGUUUAAGUGUUGCAUUUUGAGCAGUAUCUUAGUAGCAGAGUUUUCAUUUAACUCUGUGUCAAAAUGUUUGGUGUUUACAAAGUAUGCUUUAUUUGACGUCUGAUGGCAUUUUAAAUGAACUACAUAGCCAUGAAGCAUUGGAGGGGAUUUUUCCCUGCAUUUGCAGCUCUUGGGGAAGUUUUUAUUUAAUUUUAUACCGAUGAAGAAAGUUGUGUUUUUAAAACUGAAACUGGCAGCAGGGUAUCUUUAGGUGUGAGACAUUAUGCCUGUGAAAUGUGUCAUGAAGUGUUAUGAGUAUCAUAUGAGUUACUGCUUUGUGAAAUUGAAUGUUUUUGCAUAUUCUAGUCAUACAGUCGUUGUGGAAUGAAGCAGUAUGACUAAUGUACAACACAAAUUCAUUUUCAGUGUGGACAGAUUGCAUUUCUUUUAUUUUUUUUAUAGAUAUUACAGUCAGAUGAAUUUAGUUUUUCACUACUGAGCCCCUUCAACAUCUGGUGUUUACAUUUAAAUAAAAGUGGGCUUAAUAGAAUAUAUACAGAGAUGUACAUUUUCCUAUUCUGCUUAUGCUAGGUUGUAUCUACACUUCCAUCCAUCAUGUAUUCCUGUCUUUGGUCAUGUCUGUCCAAACCAUCUUUGAGAAUGUAUAAUAUCUCCAGUAGGAAGCCUUACAGAAAUAGCUAAUGUGUGAUGAGUGAGAUUUUUGGUAUGAUGACUUGGCUGUCAGUAUUGUGACUUGUAUACCCAUUGCUAGGCAACAGUUCAGUAAACACAUUCCCGCAAAGCAUGUGCAUGCUAGGUAAUGGGCUAGUAAACACGCCUCCUUAAAAUAUAAAGAUUGUGUUUUCCAUGUGGUCUGUGCUGAGGGGUUGUAAGAAGGACAGAACAGUAGUAGAGAGAGUAGUGGUUUAGUGUAGUGUGGUCAGAAGUCAAGAGUGUCCCGUCAAAGGUGGUGAUUUGUGAAAUGUUGUAACAAGUUGCAUAAAAGUCGAAUAAAUUUGAUCAAAUUCGAAACCCAUUUUAUAAGUCAUGCAAACCUGUAAUACAUGACAUUUUGGUGUCAGAAGUGGGAUGGGUUGGAUUGAUCGAUUAUAGGAUUGAAGAGUGCAUUGUGUAGUUACAAUGGCAUACUACAGAAAUCGAAAACCUGGGUCAAGCAUCAGAACUUAUGAAAGCCAACCAAGUAAAAAUGUUGGCCAAAAUAGAAGCUGAUGCAGAAGAAAUGAUGACAAGGUUGGAAGCCAAGAUAGAGGCCGACCAUAAAGAGUUGAUGGCCACAAUGGAAGCCAGUCAUGAAAGAAUGAUGUCCUGUUUAUAAAAGAUGGAGGCCAGUCCAGAGACGAUGGAGGCAGAUGCAGAAGAUAUGCAGUUUGGAGCAGAAUAUUGGGAGGUCCCCAAGGAGCAUGCCACAGUGAUACCUACUGGAGCACUGAAGAAGUGGCAUAAGGACCGGAAUCAGGUGUAGGAUACUGCAGGGAGCUGAAGGAACGGACUGAGGGCAGUGGUGUCUGUCAGAAGUUGGCUGCCGCCUGCAGAGGUAUGACCCACCAUACAGGAGUGGAACAGUGCAAAGGUUACUGUCGUCGGGGACGUGGCAAGGAGAAGGAACUUCUAAAAGGCAGACAUUCGGAAGGAGGCAUCGGCCAAAACCAGAAUGCAACCAUGGCAUGUGGAACAGAGACCUAAGCUAGCAAGGAGCAAGAGGACAUCUGGCGGAUUCUUCGGGCAGCAGCAAGCAGCCAGGUCUUCUGUCAGGUUACAAAAAAUUAGGAACUGGACAUUGUGGAGGGGUCAGCCCCCUCUGAAACAGAAGAAAUGCCUACUCAGAGCUUUAGAGUAAGAAUAGCUGAGAAUGUGGGAGCACUGGCCACUCUGAUAGAUUUGCCCCACCAUUUGGGGGAAGAAAAAAGGGAAUAAAGGGAUGAUGGUGAUACACUUUGAGAGACUGGCACCUUAAGAAGGGAGCAGUGGGAGCAGUUGGAGAAAAGUCACCACAGGAAGAUGAAACCAAGCACAGCUCUCAGAAAAGAAAUUGUGGUAUGCCUGUAAGCUGUUCAGAAUGAAGUCAAAAGUGGCCAGUUGAAGAUAGUGAUUUGUGAAAUGUUGUAAUAAGUUGUAGAAAGGUCCAGUAAAUUCUAUGGUCAAAUCCAUAAUCCCUUCUACAAGUUACGCAAACCCCUAAUACAUGACAGCAUUAGUUACAACCAACCACCAUGGCAUCAGUGUAAGAUUGGAGUCUUUCUACUGAAACUUUCUGUGAAAUUUUUACAAUUGUGUGAUGGAUUAGAUGAUUUGCAGGGGAAAUAUUAUGUUUACCUCCAAGGGGCACAGCAGACAACUAACUUCAUGCAGCCAGAUCCUUCUUGAGAAACCAAUAGUUUCUGUCACUUAAGAAAUUCACAGCAGUUUACAGAAGGUUUAUUGUUGUGCUCAUGAGCUCAUUACUGAUCUCUAUCCUGAGCAAGAUAAAUCCAGCCCAUAUCCCCUGUCCUCUUUCUCUGAGAUUCAUUUUAAUAUUAUCCUAUGUAUGUCUAGGCCUCUGUCCUUCAGGUUUUCCUACAGAAACAUUGUAUGCACCCCUCUCUCAUGCAUUUUACAUUUCCUACCUAUCUCAUCUAUAUCUGGUGAGGAGUACAGGUUAUGAAGUUCCUCUUUAUGCAAUUAUCAUCAGCCUCCUGUUAUUUAAUCCUUUUUAGGUACAAAUAUUCUUCUCAAACACCCACAUCCCACAUUCUCCCUUUAAUGUCAAAGACCAAGUUUCAGAGCCACACAAAACUACAGGCAAAAUUAUAGUUAUGUAUAUUUUAGUCUUUAUGUUUUUAGACAGCAGGCAGGAAGACAGAAGUCCGAGUACUGAAUGCUUCACAGCACACAACUAGAAUAAUGUUAUAUUGCAGCGUCCUGUUGCACUGCAUAGCUCUGACUUUGUGUUUUGCUUUAUGCCAUCUAUGGGCAACUUUGGAUAUUAUUCACUCAUUUUUCUUUAUUGUCACUACAUGUUUUGGCCUAACUGGCCAUCAUCAGGCAUACAGGUUGUUGUGAUGAAGGACUCUGCUGCUCACCAUAAUGCUGUUGUGUUUCUCAUAUGUGGAUACCUUGAAUUACAGCUGGCUGUGUGGGUUAAAGCAUCUUUACAGUGAGCAGCAGAUGCCUCAAUUGCAAGAGCCAUUACACCUGAAAAUGGCCAGUUAGGCCGAAACAUGUAGUAUCAAUGAAGGAAAAACAAGUGAAUAGUAACCGAAGUUGCACAUAGAUGGUAUAAAGUGAAAUGCAAAGACACAACUGGAAGCUUUAUAUGUUUAGUGAAUAGGAAGUCAGUCUCUUAAGAUAAUUCCUUAUUCUUGAAUAUCUGUUGGUGUAGAAAUAUCUGUUGUGUUGGCAACUGUUAUGGAAUUCCACAUUCCAUAUUUAGGUUGCAGAGAGGGUGAGGUAGUUGUUACCUUAAUAUCUGUAUUGUAGUGCGUUUUCCAUCACAUGAGAUACAUAUAUUUCUAAGUGAUAUGAGAAUGGAAGUGGGGUUACAUGAUGUUGCAUACACAGAGCAUAUCAGUAUUAUUACAGUGUGAGAGGAAUAUCAUGAAGAUGUUAUUUCCUUUGUGGCCUCCAUGUAUUUAUUUCAUAUAAUUUCAAUACUUAAAAAGAGUACUUUUAACUGUAAUUAGUCAGUAAAUGGUUUCGUAAGUAUUUACAAUAUUUAACUCAUAAAGGAAAACAGUGUUAAAGUAAUCUUUAUCUACGUACAUUUAAAGACUUGGGUACCCAUUCUUAGUACCUCUGAGGUAGUGAAUGUCCAAAGUGUUCAUUUUUUGUUUUUAAUUACUGUCUCUGUUAAAUACACAGUAUGUGAACAGAA